AUGUCGCUCGCAGCACUCGUUUCCCCCCUUCCUUCUUCAACCUCUUCCUUUUCUUCUCCCCGUUUCAAAAAAUCAUAUUCUCUCUUACCACCCAAUGCAACCUCACAGCAAAUCUCCCUGGACUCCUCCACAUCCAGAGACAACCCAUCUUCUCCCCAACCAUUCAACAAAACCGGCGCCAUCGUCGUCGGCGCCGGCUUGGCCGGCUUAGCCGCCGCCAUCCGUCUCCAAACCGAGAACAUCCCUUUCGUCCUCCUCGAGGCCUCCGACGCCGUCGGCGGCCGCGUCCGCACGGACUUUGUCGACGGCUUCACCCUCGACCGCGGCUUCCAGAUCUUCAUCACGGCCUACCCCGAGGCCCAGAAGCUUCUCGACUACACCGCGCUCGACCUCCAGAGGUUCUACUCCGGCGCCAGAGUUUUCUACGGCGGCGGUUUCCACACCGUGGCGGAUCCCCUGCGUCACUUCCCCGAUGCUCUCCAGUCCCUAACAAACCCCAUCGGCACCGUCGCCGACAAGCUCCUGAUUGGGCUGACCCGAAUUAAGCUCCUGACCCGGUCAGACCACGAGAUCCUGACUUGUCCCGACGAGGUCACAACGAUUGAGCUCCUGAGGAGAAUCGGUUUCUCAGAUUCAAUACUGGACCGAUUUUUCCGUCCGUUUUUCGGCGGGAUUUUCUUCGACCCGGAUCUCAACACCACCUCCCGACUCUUCAAUUUCGUCUUCAAAUGCCUUGCCCUAGGAGACAACACCCUCCCGAGGAACGGCAUAUCCGCAAUUCCCGAACAAUUGGCGGCCAAACUGAACCCUAGCUCGAUCAGGCUAAACUCGAAGGUAGCCUCGAUCGAUUUGGACUCCAUCGUAAAAUUAGAAAGCGGAGAAAGUUUCAAGGGCGAUCACGGAGUGAUACUGGCCAUGGAAGAAUUCGAAGCCAAUAAAAUUUUGUCAGGAAUAAAAAUGAACACGGGCCGGGCCAAGGGCCCAAUCCGUAGCACGGUAUGCCUUUACUUCUCAAUGGAUUCCAAUAAGGUGCCAGUGAACGACCCGGUUUUGUUCCUAAACGGGUCGGGUCAUGGGAUCGUGAACAACAUGUUCUUCGCGACUAAUGUGACCCCCACUUACGCCCCGCCAGGUAAAGGCUUGGUGUCGAUUUCUCUAAUCGGGACUUAUGAUAGUGUGGAAGAUGGUGAGUUGGUUAGACGGGUUGUGGACGAGCUUUCGGGUUGGUUCGGGUCGGGUUUUGUCGGGUCGUGGAGGCACCUGACGACGUAUCGGGUCGGGUAUGCCCAGCCCAACCAGUGCCCGCCCACGGACCUAAUGAAGGAACCGAAAGCGGGUCGGAAUUUGUACCUGUGUGGGGAUUAUAUGACGAGCUCGACUUUCGAUGGGGCGUUGGUUUCGGGAAGGAGGGCCGCCGAAGCUCUGUUGAGAGAUCGGGUCGCGGUUAAGUUAUGA